ACCAGUUUGUGGGUAUAUAUAUAAAGAGUCCAACAUGAGCAUCGCAAUCUCUGUCGUCACGUAACAGACAUCAGCAUGGAGAAGUUUGUUGGAAAAUGGGAAGUGAGGCCGGAGUUGACCCAAAACUUUGAUGCUUUCUCGGAUACAAUGGAGAUUCCGGCGGAGAAGAGAGAGUUGUAUAAAAACAUGCAAGCGACGUAUACAUUUGCCCUGGAUGGUAGCACCCUGGUUGCUCGUCUGGAGACGAAAGGGUUUAACCAAGAACUCAGGUUCCAGCUCGGUGUUCCCCUGUCCUACAAAAGCUUUGAUGGUUCAAGUAUGACGAGCUGUAUAAACAUGAAGGGCGGUCACUUCGUUGAGAGUCAUAAGAUGGAGAAAGACGGAACUACACGAGAGUGGACCACAGACAGAUGCAUCGAAGGGGACUACAUGGUCGGGGUGCAAACAAAAGAUGGAGUAUCAAUGACUACCAAACUGAAGAGACUUUGAAGAGAAGUGGGAUGAUCUGUGUUUGUUUAGCAAUGCUAUCAAAUACGUUAACAGUUUGUUGCCUUAUGUGAAUAAAUUCAUUAUAAACACAA